AUGUAUCCUUCCUUAUUACGCCGUGCCAGUGCUUCAGCUCCAUUACCACUGUCAUUACAGCAAGCUUCUGCUCAACUCAUACCCCCUAUACCCCUCUAUCGUCGCCUUCUUCGAAUCCACCGUCACCUCACACCCGAGAUGAGAUUCAUGGGUGAUUCAUACAUCAAAUCCGAAUUUCGUCUGACUCGCAAGACAGAUAAUCCGUUACAUAUCAUCGCUUUUCUUUCACAGUGGAAAGUCUACUUAGAUCAACUUCAAUCAGACCUCGGAUUAGGGGAGAAGGUAUGGAGAGGGAGAAGACUGAACAUGGAUGGGUUAGAGAAAAUGAGCGCGGAGCAGGUUGGACAGUUAUACGAGUUGAUGCAUGCUACGAAAAAUGUUUGGAAGAGGUAA